AUGGGGGUUACACUUAAUAUUGUUGAUGACAUCAAAACGACACAACUUGGAUGGUACGGACACGUAAGGAGAAUGCCGGAGAAUAGAAUACCAAGAAAAAUUCUUGAAUGGCAACCAAGAGCUGAACGUAAAACAUCCCUUGGUAAGGACUGGCAUUCAGCGUGCCUUCGCUGCGAAAAAUGUAACAAGACCUUAACCCCCGGUAACCACGCAGAGCACGAAGGAAAGCCUUACUGCAACAACCCCUGCUACUCAGCCUUGUUUGGGCCCGGAGGUUUUGGACGUGGAGGAGCUGAAAGUUAUGUCUACAAGAACUGUAAACAAGAUCAGCUAGAUCAGCAAGAUCAGAUAAAACUUUUUCUUAAAAUUAUACAUCGCAGAAUAUACAAGCUAUGCGAAGAGAGAAUACAAGACAAACAGUUUGGGUUCAUGAAAGGCGUAGUAAAAGCCCAAAUAUAUAAUAAAGACCGGGGUAUAAUACAAAAUUUAUACUGGUGCCAAUCAGCUACAAUAAGAACAAAUCUUGGAGAUGAACCGACGGAAGCCAUUCAGAUUCUGCGAGGCGUUAGACAAGGAUGUUAA